AUGCUCAGUCUCCAGACGCUGCCACUACCCAUCGUCCGCCCCGUGGCUCCGGACUGGGCUGAGUGUGACUUCACUCGAGUCAUGGGUUCUCGAAUCGCAGCGCCGGAUUGCUAUCAGGGCUCAGAAGAGAACCUGCAGGAAGGGAUGAUCGCGGUCCCUUACUACCUAGGGGGAGGGUAUCCAGGCUCGGAAGCAAGCGGUGCGGUCACGGUACCCAUAUCCUUCACGCAAGGAACGUGUACCAUCUCCGUAGAAGCCGCUGGGCCAGAGUUCAGUGCACCUAAUUUCCUUCGCAUCGUACCCAACCACGUUCGUGGCAUGGCAGGCUACAUCAUCGACAAAUGCGUAGUCGGAGGAGGUGGCAUCGGUGGUUUUAUCACUGAUGGCUGGGUUUCAGUGACCAACAUGGUUGGAAGUCCACUCGAACGUUCUGAUUUAGCCGCUUGUACGUGA